CAAGCUGGACAUACCUUCUUUUUCAUCUACCCUAUUAUAAUUAGAAAUACCCUGCUGAUCUAAGAAAACCUUACUUCUGUUUUUUCGGUAAAGGAAACCCUACUUCACGUUCAAGGAACAAACCACCGCAACAGACUCGGUUCAGCCCUGGCCCUGCCCUGUUGUGAUAUGUUGUUGACCGGAUGCAAGGAUAUGAAACAAACGGGGUUGGUAUUUUGGAAGAGUUCAAAAACUAGUUUAGUUUACAGAGUGGAAACUCAUGAACAACGGCCACCAUUAACAGAUUAGCUUUUCCUUCCACCUGCUCUGUAGCUACAGUCUCAGGCACACGUCCGCUGCUCUGUUGUUAGAGAGAGAGAGAGAGAGAGAGAGAGAGAGAGAUGAGUGGAGGAUUGGGGAAGUUAGUGAAGAAGGGUUUGGGGGAGAUGGGAUUCAACAAAGGUGGUGGUGCCAUCAACUGGUUCCCUGGUCACAUGGCUGCCGCCACUCGCGCCAUUCGCGACCGUCUCAAGUUCGCGGACUUCGUCAUCGAAGUCAGAGACUCCCGUAUUCCAUUGUCUUCUUCUAAUGAGGACCUGCACUUCUUGACCUUGUGGAGCUGAAGUUGAAGGAAUUGAUUUCAAGGGAGCCUACUCUUCUUGUUAUGGUCGUUGGUGUGCCUAAUGUUGGCAAGUCAUCUCUUAUUAAUUCCAUCCAUCAAAUUGCAUCUACUCGCUUUCCUGUGCAGGAAAAGAUGAAGCGUGCCACAGUUGGACCUUUGCCAGGUGUAACUCAAGAUAUAGCAGGAUUUAAGAUUGCACAUAAACCUAGCAUAUAUGUUCUGGACACACCGGGUAUCUUAGUUCCAAGCAUCCCAGACAUAGAGACUGGGCUAAAGCUAGCAGUAACAGGGUCAGUGAAAGAUUCAGUUGUAGGUGAGGAACGUCUCGCCCAGUACUUACUGGCUGUUUUAAAUACUCGGAGUACUCCCUUUCAUUGGAAGAACUUGAACAACAGAAUUUUGGAACGACUCAAACAUGGAUCUGAGGACAAAAAUGACGAUAAGCUUAAAGCCCUUUUGCCAAAAAGGAAGAGACAGCUUGAUGAUUCUAAUGUGUGGUAUAUUGAGGAUUUAGUUACACAAGUCCAGCAUGCACUCUAUCUCACAUUCUCAGAAUUUGAUGGCAAUAUGGAAGACGAGAAUGAUUUGGAGAGUCUCAUAGAAGAGCAGUUCAUGGCAUUACAGAAAGCAAUGAAGGUACCCCCUCAUAAGCCAUCUGAUGAGGCUCGCACCAUUGUAUCUAAGAAGUUCCUUACUCUGUUUAGGAUGGGCAAACUUGGUCCUUUCACUCUAGAUGAUGUUCCAGAAACCUCAGAUUCCAGAAGUUGAUACUCCUACACUGAUUUUUAUUUAUUGAACUUAUAUGUAGAACAUUUCUUAUGGUGCACAAGAGAAUCACUUCUAAUCUUUUGUGUAGAUCAAUGUUAUGACUUAAUAGAACUAAUAUUUAUUUUUCUUUCUCAA